CUGAUCCUCCGAGAAACUCGUAGCUCGCAGAUCCUUCUGAUUUCGUGUUUACUAUGCGUUCCCCAGGUACACGAGAUGGAUCUACUGCCGAAGCAAAUGUGCCAUCGGUGCAGCUACAAGUUGGAGGAAUUCCACAAGUUCUACGUGGACUGCCUGAAGACGGACGCGGCGCUCAAGAGUCAGCUGUCGUGGAUGCGGAAGGGUGGCGGCAGGGAGAAAGUCGGCGUGCCGAUGGUGCACAUCGAGAACAUGAAGAUCAAAGCGGAGCCGCUCGACUACGACGUGUACGAGCUGGAGCCGUUGGUGGAGAACAUCGACUACAUUAACUCGAUGAACUCGGUGGCGUUCCGGGCCGGUGGCAUUCACGACGGGCUGACGUACGCGGCGUUCUCGCGCUACCGUUGUUGCUGUGAUAAGAAGGACCAAAGCAGACCGAGGCGAACCACAGCAGGGCUCUGCCAGAAUUACGAAGGACAGACGCCCAGAUCCGGUAGGGUUGCGGACGUUUCGCGGAAGAGGACCCUCGAGGACACCGCCGCCGCACGGUUGGAGCUGUUUAAGCGGAGUCCCUUUACGCAGUCGGUGUUCCCGGAUUGCCCGCAGAAUCGUCUGCCGCGUGUCGAGAACGCCGUCGAGAACGCGCGAGAUCGUCCACUGGCCACAGAUACGAGUACCAAAGAUAACGUAGCCUCCUCUCCGGAAACGCGGAAUCAUUCUCACGGUAGACUCGAAGCGUCCCCUAAGAGUCAGACGAUUGCCAGGAGCACAAUAGUGCGGAACUUGAGGCCCAGGAAAAAUCUGGUGAACUAUACGUCUAAUAAGAAGAGAAUGUCGAGUGUCAAUCCGGGACCAUCCGCGUUGACAAAGUCGAACGUUUCCGAG